GGGAUGUUGUCACUUUUUUAGAAGCUUUGUCAGCCUACUACAGCAUACAGCAGCAUAAGAGGAAUCAGGCAAUACCUUUUAAUGUAAAUAUUAGGCACAACUGUGCUACAAUAUUGGACGAGAUCAUCAGGAGUUUUACAUUUUCAUUUAGGUGUUCAGACAUUGGACAAAGCCGUGUAACGUCAGAUUAUUUUCUAUGAACAGCGCUUUCUUGUAAACAUAAAAUGGAUAUUUGGAAAGUUCCAUCUUGCACGGAAGUGAGCACAUGGAGUCCGGAUGCUCUUAUAGAUUAUUUUAGAUCGUGUAGGCUAAAGGACUGUGAAAAGAUUGUUAAAAAGCAAGGAAUAAGUGGGAGAAGAUUUUUGGAGAUGACUGAAAAUGACAUGCAGAAGUUUCCCAAAAUAAGUGUACCAAUGUUAAUCAGAAUUCAACAGGAUAUAAACAAAAAAGAGGAAAAGAAAGGCCUUUUUCCAAUGAGAACAGAAACCCAUAAACCCCAUUUAGGAGGACAUGCCCCUUUCCACCAUUCAGUGGGUUAUGAUACAAAUAUGUCAGAAAAUUGGAAUGGAUCAGGCUCUGACUCUUUUGAUGACGAUGAUUAUGAAGAUCCAGAUGCAUCAGAUGAUGGAGCAGACUAUGAAUCUCCUAAUGCAGAUGAUGAUGAGGGCAACAGUGAUGUAGAUUAUGAACCUCCACCAUCCAAUGAACUUAUUCAGAUAAAUCAACCCAGGGCACCCUGUGGCGACCAAUUUUAUGUUGGCCGGUCAAUUUCAGGAAAUCCUUCAAAAAAUCCGCCAGACCCUCCUUUACGACCAGAAUCUUCCACACAUCACACAAGAGGAAAUACUUUUCCAGGUGUCCAAUCAUCCUUGAGUCAAGAGGAUCAUAUCAAUCCAAAGCAAGCAAGAUGCCCAUUUGCUCCAAGCAUCGACAGAACAAAAAAGCCAAAAAUGGUAUUACCACCGAACACAGGAACAUCUGGUAUUGUUACAGGAAAAAGUGAACCUGUAAAGGCCAAUACGCUGCCUGCUAUUAUAAGGCCACCAUCAUUAGUAAAACCAGACCCACUGAAGAAGCCUCCCUUGCCAGGCCAACCUUCCACUGUAAGAUCAAACUUUUCAAGGCAAUUGGCACAGAGUGAACUGAGUGAAGAAGAUGGUCUCCAAAAAUUGUAUCCACAUUCUUCAAACACCUUCCCUUCCACAUCACCAAAACCUUCAAUGAGGAACAUUCAUUCAGGAUCCAAUACUUUACCUGGUACAGAUAGUGACCCUUUAAGGAAACAGACACAAAGCUUAUUCACUGGAGGGUCACAAACACCAGGAGGGUUAUUAAACCCACCAUGUAAGCCAGCCUACAAGCCACCUCCUGAAGGCAACACCAGAUCACCAGCUCAAAGUCCUUUUAAUCAUUCACAACAAAAUGAUGACCUCUCUUUAGAACAAUGGUAUUUGGGCACUAUGUCAAGAAAGGAUGCAGAAAGGGCUCUCAGAUCAAUAAAUCAGGAUGGUACAUUUCUGGUAAGAAACUGCUCACAAUCAUCAGUUUCACAGCCAUAUGUUCUUAUGGUGUUGUAUAAAAAUAAAGUCUACAAUGUACGAAUUCGCUACAACCAAGAAAGCAAUGUAUACCUUCUAGGAUCAGGAGCACAUGAGACUUUUAGUUCAGUGCCUGAAAUCAUCGACUUCUUCCGCAGUACUAAGCUUCUUCUAAUUGAUGGGAAAGAUCGAGGCUCAAGACAACAUUGCAAACUUUCCUGCAUAGCUUCAAGAAAUUUUCAUUAAAAUUACUCUGCUGUAAUUUUCUUGUUCUCGGAUCUAGGUAAAUCUAGGUACCUCUUGAUGGACAUGAGGCAAGCUUAGGUGGUUGAAUCCUUCGAGAUCACUCCCAUCCUCUUUAGCAAACAUCUUUGCCUUACACAGUAGAUUUUCCAUAUCCUGGGCCAGGGAGAAAAUCAAUGGUGUAACCCAAUCAUGGCCCCUUCACUCCCCCCCCCCCCC